AUGGAGAACGGCGACAAAUACCUCCCCGAGCUGCUUGCGGAAAAGGACAGUUUGGAUGCGUCGUUUGCGCACUCAAUGAAACUUUUAAAUGCAGAAAUCGACAGAAUCCAGAAAGGCGAGACCAAAAAGGACACGGAGACCUACUUGGACCUCUUCACGACAAAGAACAUCAAACUCAAAGAACGUGUGCUCAUACCAGUCAAACAGUAUCCCAAGUUCAAUUUUGUGGGCAAGAUUCUUGGACCUCAAGGCAACACAAUCAAACGUCUGCAGGAGGAGACUGGGGCGAAGAUCUCUGUGCUGGGCAAGGGAUCGAUGAGAGACAAAGCCAAGGAAGAGGACUUGAGAAAUGGUGGAGAGCCAAAGUACGCCCACCUGUCCAUGGAGCUGCAUGUAUUUAUUGAGGUCUUUGCCCCAGUGCCAGAUGCCUACCUGCGGAUGGCACAUGCGAUGGAAGAAGUCAAGAAGUUAUUGUUUCCAGACAUGAUGGAUGAAAUCUGUCAGGAGCAGUUCAUGGAGAUGAGUUACUUGAACGGAGGCCAGGAGCACGGGGCCCGGGGCCGCGGGGGCAUGCCAGGGAGGGGCCGCGGAGUGCCCCCUGGAGCAGCGCACAGGGGUCGGGGGAUGCCUCCACGCGGCGCAGCCAGAGGAGCAGUGAGUCGUGGCGGUCCAACCAGAGGAGGUGCAGUGCGUGGAGCCCCGACAGGUCGAGGAGGACCUCCAACUGCACCUGCCAGAGGAGCAGCUGCAGUCCGAGCCCGACCCCCCACCUCCGGCCCGCCCCAGAGGAUGGCCCCUCCUCACCAGCACUCCACUGCGGCCUCCACCGACGACUACGAGGACUAUGGCUAUGAUGAGAGCUACACAGAGACGGGCUACGAGUCAUACGACAGCUAUUACAGCCAGCCGCAGGCAGAUCCAGAGUACUACGACUACAGCCACGGAGAGACCACAGAGUCCUAUGACUCUUACGGUCAGGACGGCUGGAACGGCACCCAGAGGACCACCCCCGGAAAGGCUCUUCCUCCAUCUCGAGGAACCAAGACGCCCUAUAGGGAGCACCCGUACCGGCAGUAUUGA